AUGGCUUUACUGCAGUGUGGUCAACUUUCGCCAUCCUGGCUGGAUGGUCAUGGCCAGACUACUUUGGCCCAUGCUGUCAGCCAUGGCUACUUAUCUGGGCUGCAGGCAAUGCGCCAACGGGGAGCUGAUAUCAAUGCUGGGCUGGUCGCUGGCCCGCUGCAUUACGCUGCCGCAGGUGGUCACCUCGGGUGUCUGCAUUAUCUGCUCACUGAGCUACAGGGUGGCUUAGGCCAGGCAGCAAAUCGAGAUGGCUAUGAAUCUGUGCCCGUUGCUCUUUCUUCCUCAAUGCCCUUUGCUACGUCUGCUUCACUUCACUCUGCCCAAGUACUUUCAUUCCCCACUCAGUCUUCACCUGAGCAUGGACUUAAAUCUGAUGCUACCCAUACAUGUAACUGGCUCCUAAACCGAACUUCUGCCAACCCACUUUUGCUAACUGCUGACGGCCGUCUUCCUAGCCAGGUGGCUCGAUGCAACUUAGCUAGUCUUCGCAUUCAGGCAACUAGAAGGAGAACUGAUGUUAUUCGAGGAAGAAUGAAUGAACGAGAGCUUGCGACAAUUAUUCUUCGGCUUGAGAAGGCCUCCGAAAUUUUGGAAAAGCAUGAAAACCGUAAUAAUAGCAUAGCUAUUAUUUAUGUUUAG